GCUGUAUUUUUUUUUCUCCAUUCAGCUUUUGUCACUUGGGAUUAAGGAGUACAAAUGUAUCAAUUAAACAACAAUACCGUUUUGUUACCCCACACAAAGCCUUCCUGUUUCCUGCAGUGCCACAGAUGUCAGUGAGGUCUCUAUUUAUUCAGACACAGGACACUCCAAAUCCCAACAGCUUAAAGUUUAUUCCAGGAAAACCAGUCCUGGAGUCCAGAACGAUGGAAUUCCUGUCUCCUGCUUCCACCUACUGCUCUCCAUUAGCAAGGCAGCUCUUUCGGAUUGAAGGCGUUAAAAGCGUAUUUUUCGGAACAGACUUCAUUACUGUCACAAAGGAAAGUGAGGACGUGGACUGGAACUUAAUAAAGCCCGAUAUCUAUGCAACUAUUAUGGACUUCUAUGCUUCGGGCUUGCCCAUUGUUACAGAAGAGGUUCCUCGUACAGACACAGCCCCAUCUGAAGAAGACGAUGAAGUUGUAUUAAUGAUAAAAGAGCUAUUGGAUACCAGAAUCAG